GUUGCUACGCCACAUACCGCUUGUUGCAGCUCGGCUCGGUUCGCUUAGUGCUCGAUCAACGAUGCACCGUGGAGGUGGCUCGAGUGACAGGAAGACAGAAAUAAGCGAGAGCCGCGUAUGAUACGUAACUGAAAUCACCUGCGGUGUAAAUCAUCCCUCGUAAUCGCUCCAAGAGCCCGACGACGCUACAAGAACCGAAGCCUUGCGCGACACUGUCAUUCUUGAGUCGCCGUGCUUGGCGCUUUAAAGUCCUCUCCUCAAGUCCUGUGAGAUUUUCGCCCUCUUGUCUGUUGACGUCGGCGGAUCUCACGAACGUGUGCCGAAUACGCGGAGAAAUUCUUCUCGGGCCGAAAAAUUCCAAAGAUUGACUCGUAGGAGAUCCUUGUUAAAUGACGAGACACGCGAUAGCCGUUCGCGCGCGUAACCUGACUCGCGCGAUAAAAUUGCGAUAUAUAUUUAGCAUACGUGAUAUUCGUCAUCCCGCGGAAAAAUCUCUCCCGUGCUGAAUGCGGUGGAGGAAAUCUGCGUUCGCCCAUUAUUUUCCAAAAUUCUUCAACCGAACGAUGCGCGUGAUCGCAAUUACGAUCUCGUAACUUUGCUACUUUAAUUUUGGUUGUAGCGAAAUUCAAAUCUUACGGGGGGAUAUGCUCCUCGUUAUGCAACAGUGCGUUUUAUUAGAAUAUGCCGCGUGAGUCUUUAAAAAGCACACACGGGAGGGAAAGGUCAAGCAUGUUGCGGCGGCUAUGUCGCUCCGAGAGAUGACUAUACUGUUGCCAAGUUGAGAGAACGAUAAGUCUAUUAUCAGCCAGCUUUAAGUGAGCCGAGAUUGAUCCAUGCAAAAAUAAUCGCGCGACAAAAAAGGAGAAAAAAAUAGAAGGAAAAGAGGAUCACAUGGCGGGAAUACGCGCGAAGUGUACUUCACGACGGCGAUUAUCGAUGCGCGGUACGCGAUCGCGAAAACCGUGCAUUCGGGGGUAACUUCCUGUGUAUUUUGCGCGAUCGCGUACUCCGGAAAUGUUCGUAGAACUUAUUGUUGUGCCGAGUGACGCAAAUUGGCGAACAAAUUGUUCGUAACUAGAUCAGAUGAUGACGGAUUCGCCGACACCUUCGACUAGCAAACAUCACGACGAUAAAUGCGACAAGCCCGAGAAACCCGAUAAGACAGUGUCACUGCAAAUUCAAGACAUAAACAGCCAGGUAGCACAGUUUCGAGAUUUGCUCAUUAAUAUCGGACAACCGCGCGACAGUCCAGAGUUACGCGAAAAAAUACGAAAAAUGCGUCGUAACUGUGUGGAGGCUUGCAAACACAUCUCUCAACUGGUACUGCCACAUGUACGAAGCGCUAUGGACAUUGGAAUACCGGUGGAUAGCCCGAAUUUGGUACUGUUGUUUUACGUGGCGCAACUCUUCUUACGCGAACUGCACAAGAGUAAAAAUCUCAUACGUAUCGUACCCAUGGACAUGUCCGGAUAUUAUGAGAGCCGCGCUGGUCCUUCAUAUAUCGGCAACGUGGUUUCGCAAAUCCUCCUGUGCAAACAGAUCAGGCCGGACUUCAAUGAAGAGGAACUCUGUAGCAUUCGUAAAGACUCGGAAGAGAUCAGUCAACUGAUAGCGGAGCUGCAAGAAUUCAUGCCCCAAUCCGAGGCUGACACGGGUACAAUUCCGCUGAAAAACCCAUGGCCCUUCACGAUUCAGGGAAUAAAAUCAAUCGGAAUAACGGGACACGGAGGAUGCACCGAUGGAGCAGCAACAGGGAACAACAAUCGUCCUAUUUCCGCAAUGGUUUUAGGUUUCUAUGCUGUGCCGCGAGCACGAAUUACGUUUAACGUAUGAUCCAUUUUACUUUAUCCUUAAAGGUAAUAUUUUUAUUUAAGUAUGAAUAAUGAUAGUGAUUAACAUAAUAAUUGAUUAACGAUAUUUCGGCUUAGACAUUUAUCAAACAGAAUGGUUGUUAAGAAAAAAUUAAUUUGAUUCAUGAAAUAUCCUAAGAAAGACAUGUCAUUUGCGAGAAUUUGAUGCUAUCGAAAGAAUUCCAAGAUACUUUUCUUCUGGAAGUAUUUUAAUAAUGCGAAUAGUGCAUUCAUAACCCAGAGAGCGUAAUGUCUAAAAUAGAGAUAUGAGACAUCUUAAAGACGUCUUUAAGGCGUCGGAAUAUAAGACGUUUUAAAGAUAUUAUAUGUCUUUAAGACAUCUUAUGUCUCGAUUUUAGACAUUGUAUUGCAUGGGAUUAUACAAAGGCUCGUAUUCUAAACUCCCUUUUAUUGACAAAAGUGUUUCUAAAAAUAGUUAGAAACCAUCUGAUUGGCUAAGAUGUCACAAUUAAGAUACUUAUCGAUAAAAAAAGAGCUUAGAAUGUGGGCCAAAGUCUUGAAUAAAUAAUCAUUUGCUAAGAGAUAUUUACAACAUCGAGAGUAUAAUCUUUAUAUAUUAUAGGAAUGAAGAGAGAGAGGGAGAGAGAGA